CAUGUGCGAAGUCCUCUCUUUCUAUCUCUAAAUGACUAAAUGCAUGUAAACAGCUGUAUUGAAAAGUGGAAACAAAAGUCCAAUACUAAAUGCACGCUUAUCUCCUUUUUCUUAGCGAAAAAGAACGGAAAACGAGUUUGAAGCUCCCUUCUUCUCUAACUAGCAGUGGAAACUCGGACGGUUUCUCUCUCUGGGAAUAACAUAUGAUUCUUUUCUUUGACUCAAAACCCAACUCUCACGCACUCAAGAAUCCGUCACCAAAUAUACCUGUUCCCUCUCCAGGGUGGAUUGGUACCUGGUGAAUAUUUACUCUGAGAGAGAGGAAUCUUUUUGAAGUUUCAGAGUUUGAUAGAAUAGACGUCUUUUUGAAGUUUCAGAGUUUGAUAGAAGAUUAUCAUGAGCAGUUCCUGUCGUUUAGCAGUGGUUCCUCUUUUUGGAGAUCUGAAAAACAAGAAAUCAUGGAUGUGGAUACUUGUCCCUUCAGCCUUGUUACUUAUUCUAGUUUAUUUCUUUGGAAGUGCUUUAAUUACCUCUGACUAUACUAAAACAACAUUGCAAUGGGAGGUUGUUAGUUCUUCACCGACCUCACAAUCUGAUCGAUGCAAGGGCCGCUGUAUACCUCAUGGAACGGAACCAUUACCUAGAAGUAUUGUUAAGGAAACUUCAGACUUGGAAAUGCGGCCAUUGUGGGGUCAUCCAAAACAAAAGGUAAAGAGGAAUGCUAUGAAGAAUUUGCUGGCCAUCGCUGUUGGAAUAAAGCAGAUGGAACUCGUAAAUAAACUUGUUAAAAAGUUCCUUCCUUACAAUUUCACUGUGAUGCUCUUUCACUAUGAUGCUAAUGUGGAUCAGUGGAGAGAUUUGGAGUGGUGCAAUAGUGCCAUACAUGUUUCUGCAGUCAAUCAAACUAAGUGGUGGUUUGCAAAACGGUUCUUACAUCCAGACAUAGUUGCUGAAUAUAAAUAUAUAUUCCUUUGGGAUGAGGACCUCGGAGUUGAAAAUUUCAAUCCGGGACGUUAUUUGUCUAUCAUACAGAAGGAAGGGCUUGAGAUUUCACAGCCUGCACUGGAUCCCAUCAAGUCCGAGGUCCAUCAUCGAAUUACUUCCCGUAUAAGAAAUUCUAUAGUUCACAGAAGAACAUACAAACCCCAGGGUGGCGGGAGGUGCUUCGAGAAUAGCACCGCACCACCAUGUACAGGAUGGGUGGAAAUGAUGGCCCCUGUGUUUUCGAGAGCAGCUUGGCGUUGUUCAUGGUAUAUGGUCCAGAAUGACUUGAUUCAUGCAUGGGGACUGGACAAGAAGCUUGGGUAUUGUGCACAGGGUGAUAGAAGCAAAAAUGUUGGAGUUGUUGAUAUAGAGUACAUUGUCCAUAAAGGACUUCCCACGCUCGGUGGGUCUGGUGAGAAUAAGACAGAAGUUCAUAAUCGGGCUCCGUCGCGUUCAAGAGGCCGAGUGAAGUCUAAAUCUUCGGCUUCCCCAUCUUCUAUGUUCAGCGAUAGAUCUCAGGUUCGAUGGCAAUCAUACACUGAGCAAUUUGAGUUUUUACGGAGAUGGAAAGAGGCAGUGAGUGGGGAUAAAUGUUGGAUAGACCCAUAUCCACAAGAACAGAAAAAUAAGAGACUGUAGCGAUGUAGAAUGCCUGUAAAUUGAUUUCCCAUUCUUUUGUGUAAUAGUCAGUUAUUAUAUAUAUAAUAAUUUUUGGUCUU